AUGAUAACUGCUAAUCGAACUAACGUUGUACAAUCACACUUUUUUGUCAUAGCAGCUUCUUCUCCACCUCUUCCAAGAGAGGAUACCGAAGAUAAUUAUUAUAAUCGAAGAAGAGGUGCAGCAUGGUUACCAUCAGCAAAUUGUACUUGUCUUUUAUCAGUUCUAGCUGGGCUAGCUUUAAUAGCAUUACUGACUAUGUCAAUUGUUAUUCCAAUAAUAGUUACAUUUUCAACUAUGACGAAUGAAAUAUCAUCAACGGCAAGUACUACUACUAUCGUGACCACAUCAAAUAUAACGACAGCAACUUCAACGACUUCGACGGUCACCACUUCAACAACAGCAACUUCAACAACUUCGACAGUCACCACUUCAACGACAGCAACUUCAACAACAUCCACGGUCACAACAUCAACUUCAACAACAUCAACGACAGCAACUUCAACAACAUCAACGACAGCAACUUCAACAACAUCAACUUCGACAGUGACAACUUCUACGACAACAACUACAACAACAGACAUUCCUUGUACAAAAGUAUGCACCUCACGAGAAACAUGUGAAGCCGGUGUAUGUGUAGGUAUUGGAUAUCUUUCAUGCACUUUGACAUGGUCACGGGCUGGAGACGGAGAUCUUGUGCUCAGAACACCAAAUAAUCAUGUUAUUUACUGGAACAAUGCAGGUCCAUCAUUCAGUACGGAUCAAGGAUAUCUUGACGUAGAUGAUAAAAACGGAACAGGACCAGAAAAUAUCUUUUGGUCAAACACUAGUUCUAUUCCACCAACAGGUACCUAUUAUGUCUGUUUCGAACCGUAUCUUUUCAAUCCAAAUGCAUCUUUAUCAAUUCCAAUCACAGCUACAGUUAAAGUUAAGCGCUCAACUGGCACCACAUUAAGCUUUACACGAACUUUUACGUCUCCUGGAAGAGAUUAUUAUUCAUGUUUUUCUAGUUCGAUAACUCUCUUGGGCUCAUUCACUUAUCCGUAG